AUGUCGUUCUUAAAGGAUAUCUACGAAAGCAUUCUUCCAACUGCUUAUGCCGAUGAGCCAGCUGAUGAGACUGACGACCAAAUUGCUGAUGACGAAGCCCCAAUUGAGCAACCAGAAGACGCACCAGAAGAACAACCAGAAGAGGAAGAGGUAGAAGAGGGUGGUGACGACGAAGAUGAGGACGACGAGGACGAGGAUGACGAGGAUGACGAGGAUGACGAGGAUGAAGAAGAAACGGCUGAUCCAUUAGACGUAUUAAGAGAAGAGUGUGUCAAAACCAAAGCCUGCAAACCAUUCGACCACCAUUUCCACGAGUGUGUUGAAAGAGUCACCAAAGAACAAGAAGAACCAGACUACGAACACAAGCAUUACAAGGAAGAUUGCGUUGAAGAAUUCUUCCAUUUACAGCAUUGCGUGAACGACUGUGUAGCUCCACGUCUUUUUAAUAAAUUAAAAUAA